AUGGCAUCGUUAGGUGCUUCUAUGCCUAUGCCUGUACCGGUUGCGGUAAAUGGUACCCUUAAGCCAACCUGGUAUGGCUACAUCCCCGACACAAAAGCUGCAAUGAUCCUUCUCGAAGCUGCCUUUGUAGGAAAGAUUAACCAUAUUGCCCGUCGCCCCCAUGACAAGGAGCGAUCUGAACUCAUCAAGAGCGGCAACAUUUUCAUACACGAAGCACAGUCCUCUGGAGUAAAACGAUGGACCGAUGGUACAACAUGGAGUCCAAGUCGCAUGGUAGGAAACUUCCUUGUCUACCGAGAGUUGAAUAAGCCAUUUGCACCAGGAGAGAAAAAGAGAGCUAUGGCCAAAGACAAGAGACAGGGCAUUCGAAAGAAUGGCAAUGGUUCCACCAGUCCCGGAGGUAGCGUUUACUCUUCUAUGCAUGGACCGCUCAACAAAGAGAUGGAACGUGAAUUGGUCGGUUCAUUAGUUGAUUCAUACGACUUCAAGAAGGAUGGCAACUGUCUCAUUAAGAAGACAAUUACCGUCCAAGUAGGAGAACUCACUCAUCACAUUGUGUCGUAUUACACAAUCGAUGAUGUCGUCUCCGGUAAACUUUCAAUCCCACAAAAUGCAUUCCCAGACGUCAAGCCGCGUAGGGACAUUGUCUAUAGCAAAAGCUACAAGCACUCUCCUAAUGACUCUAACCUCUUGAACGAAGACGACGUACAUGAAAAUCACCUUGCCUACCAACACAAUUCAGGACGGAGCAAUUACGACUAUUCGAAUCGAAAUGCGCCACGACUACCCGCACCAUCCGCGCAUGGCAUGUCAUAUCAACCCAACAGCCUUCUCUCCAACAACAACUACACAAUGGGCAUGUCAGCCGCACCAUACAGUCUCGCGCCAUUCAACGGAAAUUUCCCUGCAGUAAGCUCAGGUCCAAGUUCCUACAACGCCAUUCUUUCUGGAAGCCCAAAUUCCAUCAGUCCUUAUACCGGAGGAUUACCUGCGACAAGUUCGCAUGGCUCUUCUUACCCUCAAUACUCAUCAGCCCCAAGCACGUAUGACACACAAAGGGCUGAUGCAUACAACAAUGUCUACAGACAGCAGCGACAUGGUUCCAUCUCUAACAUGAAUGCAACACCCCUUGCGCAUCGAUCUUCGAGUUAUGGCCAGCAAGGACUUAGUUCUGGAGUAUCCGAAAUGGUAUCGGGGAUGCCUGCCAUGAUCCAAGGCCAAAUGAGCUCGAGGAGUUCGCACGACUCGGGGGCGUCUGGAAUGUUCCAGAGCCAAAUGGGCUCGAGAAACUUCAAUGAGAGUACAUACGCCUCCCCGAAUCUAUAUCAGUCAAGAGAUGCAACCACUUCUUCGCAUGGUUAUUCUCAAGCUCAGCGGACCAUGUCACAAUCUAACCAACCAUAUAACACACAAGCUGGUAAUCAAUAUCCUCAAAACAUGGAAACCUCGCCGGGGAACGUUAGCACUGGGCAUGCUCAUUACAACGUGGACCAUCAAACUUGGCCUUCCUCAAACGGGCUUUAG